GCCGUAGAAAACAGGAAGUGGGAUCAAAACAAAGGAGCGGCGGUCGGGAGUGGACCUUCUCCUGCCGGGUGUCCCCGCUGCUCCGUGCUCGUCCUGGCCCUGGCCGGCUGAUCCUCCCCCGCCCCUCCCCGACCAUGUCCAACAUGGAGAAACACCUGUUCAACCUAAAAUUCGCGGCCAAGGAACUGGGCCGGAGCGCCAAAAAAUGCGACAAGGAAGAAAAGGCGGAGAAGGCCAAAAUCAAAAAGGCCAUCCAGAAGGGCAACAUGGAAGUGGCGAGGAUACACGCGGAAAAUGCCAUCCGCCAGAAGAACCAGGCGGUGAAUUUCCUGAGGAUGAGCGCCCGGGUGGACGCGGUGGCUGCCAGAGUCCAGACGGCCGUAACGAUGGGCAAAGUGACCAAGUCCAUGGCCGGUGUGGUGAAGUCGAUGGACGCCACGUUGAAGACCAUGAAUCUCGAGAAGAUCUCUGCUCUGAUGGACAAGUUCGAGCACCAGUUUGAGACGCUGGACGUCCAGACGCAGCAAAUGGAGGACACUAUGAGCAGCACGACGACGCUGACCACUCCCCAGAACCAAGUGGAUAUGCUGCUCCAGGAGAUGGCAGACGAGGCGGGCCUCGACCUCAACAUGGAGCUGCCGCAGGGCCAGACCGGCUCCGUGGGCACCAGCGUGGCCUCGGCCGAGCAGGACGAACUGUCCCAGAGACUGGCUCGCCUUCGGGAUCAAGUCUGAUGGCGGAGCCACUCCGAGGUUUACUUUUGAGAUAACUAUACCCCCAAAACCUUGCCAGAAUGCCGAAAACGCCCUUUUUUCUGCCUUUGGCUUUACAGCCCUCUCCAGAUACGCUAUAAAAAUUCCAGUCUUUCUCCGCUCUUAACUGGAUUUUCAAGUUCUGGAUAGCUUGUGAUGAUGUGUAUUUUUCUAGCUACAUUUGUAACAGAACUAGUAAAUUUUCUCUAUAUGGAUCUUGAAAGUUUGGGGCAGCACUGACUGUAGUCUUCAUGUAUAUUCAAUUAUAUACUCAGAAUUCUCCGAUUGAAGUUUAUUUAUUUUAGUGUGGUUGAUGGUACACAGAAUGAAAGGUGGUACGGUAAAAAUUAAGGACGAAUGAUUAAUUUGGUUACAAAGCUAUAAACUUUUCUUCGACUUAUUCAGUGCACAGUUCUCUUGUUGUCUGGUUUUCUCAUCAAAGACUGAUUGACUAUUAAUUUGUUCUCAUAAUUUAUGCCAAAAUUACCUUAGAAGAUUUUUGCAUAAUACCCUCUAACAUUCUGUAAGUUCUUGUAAUAAUGGAGUCAAGUGUAAUUGGGGAAAGUACCACCUAACUAAGUUGAUUAGGGGAACUUAAAUUUGUUUAUUUUUUUUAUUUACUAAGUAGUUUUAACAUGAUUUGGGUUUACCACGUGACCAUUUCUGAUUAUUUUCUAAUGAAAGUCAACACUUUUAAUUAGACUUCCGGUAAAGUAUGCUGAUUAGCUGGGCGGUCCAAUUACACAUCCAACCUAACAUUGCCAAAGAACUGUUGACUCAUCUGGGUAAACUUGGGACGUUCAUAGGUUUUGUUUCGAUUUUAACAAAAAAAAGAAAAUAAAAUUAGAACUGCAAUUUAAGUUCUAA